AUGGCUUUCGGCACGGCAGCUGCGCUUGAUAAGUUGAGGACUGUCUUCUCUAGUCAGUUGGUGACUCCAGACGUUGAGUCAAAGUAUCAGGCAGCUGUGGCACGCCCCUGGUCUCAGACGUGCUGGACCCCAGCUGCCGGCUAUAUAUAUCUCAGCAAUAUACAAGAGCUCAGUGAAGCACUGGCUAUUGUCAAGAAGACAGGAACCAAGUUUGCGAUUCGCACGACCGGUCACAACCCCAACGCUGGCUUUAGUAGUGCAGAUGAGUCCGCUAUUGUUCUUGAUAUCCGUCAGCUUCAGUCUAAGGAGCUGACAUCGGAGGGAGUCGCUCGCUUUGGAUCGGGAAACACCUGGGGCGAGGUGUAUGCCUGGCUGGAGGAGCAAAACCUGUCAGCUAUUGGAGGUCGAGGCCAGCAGGUCGGACUAGGAGGUUUUCUCCUCGGAGGCGGCAUGGGGGCUUUGCCUAAUCUUUAUGGUCUUGGAUCGGAUGGCGUGAGAAACUUUGAGGUCCUGUUGGCCGAUGGCAGACUGAUUAAUGCGAACGCGAAUGAAAAUGCCGAUCUCCAUCGCGUUCUGAAGGGUGGUGGCUCCAACUAUGGCAUCAUCACGCGAUUCGACCUCGAAAUCCAUCCUCUGAUCAAUGUCCAAUACAUGAUCUACCUCUACAAUCCAGAUGACCAUGUUCAGAUCAACAAAGCAACAGUUGCCGUUCAGAAUGCCAUGGAGGAUGAUCCUAAGAUUGGGUUGUUCACCAAUUUCAACAAUGGCUUCGUUGCUGUGGGCUUGCUCUAUGGAGAUACCCCAGCGGAGCCACCUUCGGCUUUUGAGUCUUUCUAUAAUCUUAAAAGCCUGAUGACGAUAGCUCUCCCCACUACAAAUGGCACCCUCCUAUCGUUAGCGCAAGCCAUGGGACAUACCAAAGUUUCCCAGAAGCGAGCUAUUUGCACGAAAGUCUACAAGUCCUGGACUGAGGUCUGCAAGACCCUGCCGUCUGGCUGCAUUCUGCAUUAUACCAUCCAGCCGAUGGGCAAGGCUGGUGUACAGGCAGGAAAUGAUCGUGGAGGGAAUAUCAUGGGACACGAGAGUAUUCCGCAGUGCUGGUGGGUUUUCACUUGUGAGUGGCCCCAGGAGGGUGGCGACGACGCCGCCGCGCAACAGGCAGUAGAUACAAUGUCCGAAGUGGUGCACUCUCUGGCCAGAGAAAAGGGACUUUUAUUGGACUUUAAGUGUAUGAGCUUUGCCAUGGCCUCUCAAAGGGUUCUGGGCAGUUACGGGGCUGAGAAUAUCAAGACGAUGCAGGAGGCUGCAGCCAAGUACGACCCUGAGGGGGUCUUCCAGAAGCUGCAGUACGGUGGCUUUCUCCUGCGCAACAACGUCUAA